UCACUGACACAUGUAUCUACAAAAAGAAAGAAGCAACUUCUUCAGAGAAUCAAUUCACGGUAUUGGAAUAACAUUCGGAAGAAGUGUUCUGGAUGGGAUAAACCAAGUUCCCCAACGGAACCUAGCUUCUGUAUGCUCUAUUGGAAGAGUGUUCGUGGUCAUGAUGAGAUAGUGUGGGAAGGUACAACCUUCAUCUUUUUAUGGUGAUAGAAAUAAGC